AUGCAACAUCGAAGACCUGAUGCAUCUUCGAACGCUAGAAGUCAGCUUCCACCUCUAGCACCUCGAGGCCAGCAGCCCGUUCCUGCUACUUCUGCUAGAACAGACAUCGAAUCUGCUGGCGGAAGUACAUCCUCAACGCGGCCGAGACUAUCGCACCGCUCGAGGGCCGGCUGCUGGACAUGCAGGAAACGAAAGGUCAAGUGUGAUGAAACCCAUCCACGAUGUGGUCCCUGCACUCGCCUGAAUAAAGAAUGCGACUGGGAGUUUCGCUGGAAGUUCGACGACGUCACUCAAAACACCCAAAACAAGUACUCCAACGUGUCAACAACAGGCAACGCUGUCUGGGAUCCACAAGCACCUCGUAUAAUCCUGGAUGACCGAAGAUCACAAUCACCUACUUACGAUGCCCUUCCCUCGUUUGCUGAACUGACCAACGAUGAGGAUCGCGAAAAGAAAGCUGAAGGGCAAGUACCUGGUACAUUCAACGUUGUUGUCAAUCCCGAAAGCUUUGCUGGCCUUCCCGAGUAUGGACCGCUCCCUGGACCACGAACACGAAAAUCCAGCCUUCAAUCUCGUCGUAACAGUUGGGACAGUCAAAUAUCGACCGAAGUCCCACGUCCCAGACCAAACCUGAAUCCUGCAAAUGGUGAUCCAAACAUCGUGGUGCUGGCCAAGUUUGAGGAUGCGCCCUUAUCCCUACCAAGUCUAGCGAGCUUUCCUGUCGAUAGGAGAACCAGUUUACCGGAGAAUCUACUCUCACUAAACUUGACUGGAGGACUGCGAGGAUCCAGCCUACCGUCCGGCCGCCGCAAUGAUUCAGUCACUCAGGGGCUUCGAGACGAGAGACUUAUGGUCCACUAUCGAGGCUUCAUCUCGAAGCGUAUAUUUCCUGUUGGCAAGGGCCUACUCGUCGACAGACCCAUGCAAGACGAUCCGAUCGUUGCUGAAGCUAGAGACUUUCCCCCUCUCUAUCAUGCUAUAUGCGCAGUUUCCUUGCUCAGUCUGGCGCUCAAGGGUCAACAACAGCUCUUGACGGAAGCCUUCCAACACUAUCACCAAGCCAUAUCCUCCAGCUUGUCCUCGCCCUCCGAUCUGCACUCCGAUCGACUUCUAUAUCUACAUUUCCUGUUGCUGAUCUACGACAUCAGCUACGCGACCCAGGCUUCAAACAACACACAAGAAGUCUUCAACAUGAACAUGUGGGAGCACCACAUCCAACACCUGGUCAGGAUAGCCCAGCACCGCAAAGGACAAUCGAAUGGGAUCCUACAAGCCUACCUCCUGUGGUACGUGCUUUACCUCGACAAUCAAGCUUGCCUGUCAGGAAACGGUAAUGGGCACUUUGUUCGCGCCUUCCUCGGCAAUGAUCUGGCACUGCCCAAUUGGAAUCGCAUCUUCUCAGGCUUAGACAUUGUACGACCAACCGCAGGCUGGCACGGUGAAGACACGACUACUCACCCGGAUGUCUUCAUAUUCUCUCAUCACAUGUACAUACAGGGUGCCAAGCUGUGCGAGUUACAGCUCAAGUUGCGCGCCGAGGCUACAGCCCAGACUUUGCAUGGCCAGGGUGGUAGCUCGGUACUAGCGAUAUGUACGCAGAUGGUCGAUCAGUUCCAGGGCGAGCUCUACGCAGCAUGGCACCGCUACUGUCCUUCCUAUCUCUUCCAGCCAAACUCAGAAUAUGCAACGGGCCGGCUCCCUGUGGUUGCCCGCAUAUUCCUAGAUUUUGCACAAUUGCAGUUCAGCGUCUGGAUACUCUACUCGAACAGCUCCCUCUACCCCACCCAACCAUUUCACUCGAAUCCCUCCCAACGAUCCGAGAUCCGCCUCCACAGUCUCAAGAUUCUCUCCAUCGUCGACGCGGCCGUUGCCCUCCAAAGCUACGAUCAACAUCAAUUAGUGUUUCCCGUGUUCAUGGUCGGCUUCGCGAGUCCAGAUGCGGAAACCAAAUCUCGAGCCCUUGCGCUACUGAGGGUCAUGGAAGGGACCGGCAUCUCGAGGAAUGCGACCAGGAGUAGGGAGUUGUUGAGUAUGGUAUUUGAAGAGCAGAGGGUGAGAGUGUUAAAUGGAGGUAGAGCGGAAGAGGUGGAUUGGAUCGACGUUGCAAAGACCAAGGGAAUGGGUGUCGUCAACUUCGGGCUCUAA